CAACGAGUCAACAAAAACAGACGCGGAAGCUGUAGACAGACGCAGAAAUGUGCAGUUACUCAGCAAAUCAGUAUGACAGUGCCUUCAAACCGCGCAGGCUGCAGAACUGGUGCAAGACAAAGAACUUCAAAGAGAGACCCACUGCACAUGAGGGUCACACCACCUUCAUUGCUGACGAUAGAGGACAUCUGCUCCCAGGAGUGGUAAAAAGGGGCAGUGCAUGGCCAGACUUUAAGGGGACCUGGGAUCUGCCUGCUCGUAUCCCAGCCCACCGCAUCAACCCUACAAGCCGUUCUGUGGAGGGUCUCAACAGGCUGAGGUCCUGGGGCUUUGACCCACAGCAUACUGGCAAAUCUCAGCCACACAGCGGCAGCACAGACACAGAUAGGCCGGAGGAUGUUGGUGAGCAGCAGGAUGGUGCUGCCCUGUCAGUGGAAGUAGCCAGCCAAGAAGCACCAUCAUCAUCCAAGCAGAGAGACAAAGAGGAGUGGCAAGACCAGUGAACUUCAUUUAAUUCUUCGUGGGUGAAAGAAAACUACAGAAAUAAACACCUGUGUACCAGUUUGGACUUAUCUUAACAUGACUGACCAGAGUACAAUAUGAGCUCCAAUGGCAAUAAACAUUGCAAAAUAGGAAGUUAUUGUUCUCUCUUCUGUGGAAACAGAAGUUGACUGUAGACAUGCGUUUCUUAGUCCAUGGUUUGAUUUGGUACUCUCAAAUUCUGAGAUAACUUUAACAACAUUUUGCAGCAUGAUAAUAAUAAAGAAGAAAAUCGUAAUCUGUAUACUGCCUGGCUGAAGAAAGGAGAACACUGAUUAUAAAUGGAAAAGUGUGGAAAUUACAACAUUGUGCCUGUUCUCCAAGAAUACAAAGACCAUAACAUCAACAUGAAUUUCCUAAUUGUGUGUUUGACCAUCAUGGACUGGACUUUCAAGAGCACAGACAUGCUCCUAUUUUAUUAGUGCAAUAAAAUUGUAGUUUACAGCCAAAGUGGAGGCAUGAACAAAAUCCAGAAUACUGCAGGGCUCUAGGUUUGAUCAUGCCAAGCAGCAAUGCCUAUUGUUGAUGCCGGUGCAAACGUGAAAAAUAGUGCAGUUCUUUGAACAACUACUUGAGGUUGGCUCCAGAAGCCAGUCACUCUUUACAGACCCUUAUAUUUAAAUGCUCAACUUUAUGGCAGAAAUAGACAGCCUGGUACAACAAACAGUUAUGGUCUGUAUACCUAAUAUAUCCAUUCAUGACAACUGCACAGACAGCUGAAUUUGUAUAUACCUCACCCAUUUACAUAUAAAGGCUUAAAGUUUUGCAUCAUCACUGAUGUGGCAGUGUUGAGUAACAGGCCAUCUGCAAGGCAUCACUACAGUCUAUGAGUCACAUCCACCCCUCACUCCUCCAGAGCUCCACCUCUUGUAAAAAAAAAAUGUGAUGACUUCUGGCUCCAACAAUUCAAGAUGGUGACAGCCAAAAUGCUGAAUUGAGGCUUGAAAACAGGAAUCCACAAAGCAAAGGGUAAUGUCAGGAUAGCUACCUCCACUAUUUUUUUGCAGUCUAGUUGUCAUUGUAACGUGUGUUCAGAUAAAGGACA